AGUGGUGGUGGCCAAUUGGUGGGGUUGUUGUUGGGAACUGAGGGGUGACAGUUUGUGCGCCAAUUUCAGAGACAGGAGGAGGAGAAUCUCAAUCAGGAGCCGCCAGGAUGCCUCCCAAACGUGUUGCAGCUGUCAGAACAAGAGCUCCGCCCAAGAGAAAGAUGGCAGAGGAACUUAAACCAGGCGAAGUGCUGACUGACACUGCAAAGAAGCAGUGGAAAAUUGGGAAGCCAAUCGGGAGAGGUGGAUUUGGCCUCCUGUACCUGGCUGAUGGAAAUUCUGACAAAGCAGUUGGACCUUGUGCCUCAUAUGUUAUUAAAGUGGAACCCAGUGCCAAUGGACCACUGUUUUCAGAACUUAAGUUUUAUAUGAGAGCAGCAAAACCAGAGCUAAUUCAUAGCUGGAUAGCGUCCCGCAAAUUGAAUUAUCUUGGUGUACCUAAGUAUUGGGGGUCAGGACUAUAUGAUAAAGGAGGCAACAGUUAUAGGUUUAUGGUGAUGGAUCGAUUUGGAUCUGACCUUCAGAAAAUAUUUGAACAAAAUCAUAAAAUUUUCCCAAAGAAAUUUGUGCUGCAGCUGGGUCUUCGAUUGAUUGACAUUCUAGAAUACAUCCAUGACCAUGAGUACGUGCAUGGAGACAUCAAAGCUUCCAAUCUUCUGCUCAGUUACAAGAAUCCUAAUGAGGUAUAUUUAGUUGAUUACGGCCUUGCAUAUCGAUACUGUCCAGAAGGAGUACACAAAGAAUACAAGGAAGACCCAAAACGUUGCCAUGAUGGGACCCUUGAGUUUACAAGUACUGAUGCACAUAAAGGAGCAGCUGCUUCUAGACGUGGUGACUUGGAAAUCUUGGGAUAUUGCAUGUUGCAGUGGCUCAGUGGGAGACUUCCCUGGGAGGACAAUCUAAAGGAUGCAAACUAUGUCAGAGAUGAAAAACUCAAAUACAGAGGAGACAUUCCAGGUUUGAUGGAGAAGUGCUUUCCUUGCAAAAAUAAGCCAGCUGAGUUGUCAAAAUAUUUCGAAGAUGUGUUAUCCCUGGGUUACAAAGAUAGACCCCAGUACCAGAGACUGAGAGACAUCCUGAAGCAAGGACUUAAAUCUCUAGGCUGCAUAGAUGAUGGUGUUUUGGUUUCAGGAGCAUCUUCCAAUGGUGACGCCCCAACAACAUCCAGACCACAGAAACGGCGUGCUUCAAAGCAGAAUGAUGAUCUUGAGGGCAGCACCUCAGAUUCUGAAUUAAAAGGGGGGAAAAGAACACGAAAAUCACCAAGAGCCAAGAAGCCGACAGCAAAAAGGAAUUUGAAGGAAGUAGAGACGAUUGAAACGGGCACUCCGAUUUCUCCCUCAGUCUUGACAGGUCCUGGGAAAAGAAAACAUCUAAGUAAAUGUUAAAAAGAAACAAUCCUAUUACGAUUGUCCUCAGCUUCUUUACUUUUUAUUAAAGUCUGAUUCUUUAGAAUGAAGUUGUUCUGAAAAUUGGUCUCUUUUUUUAGAAAAAUGAUUUCUAGCAUUUUUAUAUUGGGUUUUAUGUGUUGUGCCUCUGUGUUGCUGAAAUAAAAAUUGAAACAUUAAAAGUUUGAUUCCCUUUAUACACAAUGCAGACGUGAGUUGUUGGUAUCUUUCUGCAGCUUUUCAGUUUUCUGAACAAACAGACUAAUAUACAAUAUCAUGUUCCAACAUGUAAAAUGGCAAGGUUUGACAAAUGUAAUGCCCUAUUGUUUUGAGGAGAAAGCAAAGGAAAGUAAGUUUUGUUAAAUGGAUAAAUGGAUAAAUGGUCUCGGCUCUUGUGCUUUGCACUAUGGAAUAAUAUCUGCUCAUGCUCAUGAUUUCCCAGGAUAUCGGGCUAUGAUUUAGCAUGCCACAGGAUAGCAGGUUAUUUUAGGUGGUGAAAUCUGGAAGAAUUCAUCAUUCUUUAUUAUAGUUUGUAGCCUGGAGAUUACUUUGAACUUGUUAUUUUUAAAGAAGAAAUGUAAUAUUGUAAACUUGACAAAUUUGAAUUGUUGCAUUACUUGAGCGAUAUGAAUAUUUAAACAUUUACUUUUCUUACUUUCUGAUUACUUGAGAGUAUGACUUAAUUCUUAAGCUGUUUGUAAAAAGCAACUGGUUAAAUGUUCUUAACAAAAUAAAGCACCUUUCAAUGAAAA